AUGCGUGCAACGGCCAUCUUGUUGACAGCCUUGGUGGCAAUUCUCCCAGCAAUGGGAGAAGACUCGAAGCAAAUUUUCGGUCAUGAUGAUCCCAUCUACGGUGAUAAAUGCAACCCCACCCAAUACGCCCACUACUGCGCCGGCGACCUUCUACAAUGCAGCGGUGGAGUGUGCGAUUUCUUCAGCUGCGCAGAUGAUCUCGAUUGCGGAGAACUCCCGAACACUUUUUGCAAUAAGAAAUUCGAUGGUUGUACUUGGCCAGGUGGAGAGUAUCUUACUGAUGCUCAGAAGAAGUUUUAUUAUCGCUGGGGUGAAAAACAUGGGGAUGAUACGAAUGGGGGGGAGCCGCCUGCGAUGUGA